AUGAGGAAGCUGGGGCGUCUUCUCAUGUUUGGCCUCGCUUUUGUGUCAAACAACAAAAUAUGGGCCGCCAGCCUUCCAACAUUCAGCGCCGUUGAAGGCACCUCCCGUGAUCAGCAGAUUCGACAGGUGGAACAGGCUUUCGAAGAUGCAGUGUUACUGGCGAGAGUGACGGCGGCGACAUUUGAUCCAUGUGAAGAGACCUUCCUCCGCUACUUUCGACCGCUGGAAGCAGCAUUCGUGAAACAGGUGUUCCGGACAAUCGCAAAUAUCCCCCUUAAUCAAGAACUUGAUAGUGACAAUGUGGUUGGAAUAUUGUCGAGCGCAUCGGUGGCUCGAGACCUGCAACCGAAAUUCAAUCAACUAGAGAUUGCAUAUGGAAACCAUCCCGCCCUCCCAGAAGAUAAACAAGAUUGCGGCAAGGCCGUCAUCAAAGGCGAAGGCGGGAUAACUGCGGCUUUUGCCUUCAUAGACCCUCGCGUCCUGGGAGACAUUGCACUAGUGUCCAUGUGCGAUGAAGCCUUUGAGUAUCCGACGCUCGAGGAAAUAGCGAACCCACCAAGCUCAGCAAGAGAUCCACAAGGGAAUCCUGACCCAGGAUACACAUGUGGCGGUCUUGGUGAUCACGACAGUGACUGGAUGACUUCUCCAGGCGGCGUUCUCUUGCACGAGCUCCUACAUUGGACCUUUCUACUGGAAGAUAUCCCUGGCUUUGAGGAUAUAAUAGACGAGAACGAAGACGACUUUCCUCAAAUUAUUGAUUUUUGGGGGCCGAACCCGCCUGACGGAUAUGGACCAUUCCAUGCCAACCAAUUCAGAAAUCUGGGUGCAUAUGUCGCCAUACAGAACGCCGACACAUAUCGUUGUUACGCUCAAUCCAAAUACUGGGCUUGGAAGUGCGGGAAAUCGUUUGGACCGGCGCAGAGCGAAGACGAUAAUAUCAGGAGGACAGGUGUCCGGGUGGUCCAAGGAGAUCCAGAAACUGGAGAUGAUUAA